AACAGCUACAACCGUGGACGUGUAUAGAGCUCGCGCUACAAUCGUCUGCUUACGAUUUAGAAAUAAGAGUUACUUCCCAUGUAAAAAUGGCGACUUCCAUACGUCUUAUCGAUGGAGACGAACAGAAAGAAGCCGAAAAGAAAGAAAUUUGUGCCAUAUGUGUGAAAUUCGAAGCACAGUAUACAUGUCCACGCUGCAAUGUACGUUACUGUUCUCUGUCAUGCUACAAACAUGAAAAACAUGAAGGAUGUUCAGAAUCUUUCUACAGAGACUGUGUGAUGGAGGAAUUAAAUGGACUGUCAGCAAAGCCACAAGACCGGCAGAAGAUCCUUGAAAUGCUGGCAAAGGAACAGCAAGAAAAUUUAACAGUAGAUUCGGAUGAUGAUGAAGAACCAGAAGAUUUAUCAGAACGCCUUCAAGGCCUUGACUUUGACAAAGACAGUCAAAAGAUUUGGGACAGGCUGACAGAAAAAGAACAAGAGGAAUUUGCACGUAUGCUGAAAGAUGGACGCUUGGCAAACCUUGUGGAUACCUGGACGCCAUGGUGGACUAAUAAGCCGAAAAGAAUUAUGAUCGAGGAUUCUUUAAGGGAAUCGUCUCUACCCAGAGAGUAUCCUAAACAUAUGAAGGAUAUCCCUGACAUUAGCCAGCUUUUAAAGUCCUCAAAACCAUCUGCAGAUAUUAAGUUCAGUGUGAUCAACGUCCUAAGUGCCUAUGUCUUUAUCACCCGUCUUCAUAAUGGGAAUCAUCAUGACUGUCCUGUUGAAAGUGCAGAGGAACUUUUAUCAGUUGCUGCUGUUUUCAAAGAAAAUCAGUCUUUCCAUGGAGCUCAGGAAGCCAUUCAGUCCGUUUUGCAAGCCAUUGAAAAAGCAGGCUCUGCAUUUUCUGUGCACCCUGGAUAUCCUGUAGUCUUGCUGGAAGAUGUGCUGCACCUAAUUUCUCCACACUUUUUAGAGCCAGUAGCAGCAGUAAUAUCGGCUCUGUCAGACAUAUCUGCCUUACUGAAGAAAGCUAAUCAAGAGUUGAAAAAAGGCAGAAUAAGUUCAGACCUUGCAAACAGCACUGACAGUUCAGACAGAGAAAUCCAACGCCAGAUAUUUCAUGCCAGAAAGAAAGUGGAUUUUCUUCAUCAGCUGGGUUCAGCGUUAUGGCAUGUGCUUGUCUUCCCUGACAAUAGAGCUUGCCCUUGAACUAGAAUGUAAGAGGGCUGAAAUGGAGGAACAACGCCUGCUGGAAGUUCAGAUAGAACAACAGCGUAAAUCAGGAAAACUUAAUUCAUAUUCAGAGAAACCAGAUAAACAGGAAGUGAGAUAAUGAGUUGGUUUGUUUUAGAGAUUUGAUUUUGCUUAUUUCCGAAAAGAGGAAAAAAUGAACUUGUGCAGUAACCGAAAAUUAAAUGGGGACCUAGCAGUACACAA